AUGGGUGUGCCUAUUCUAGAACCAGCCUACAGAAACACAAUCCACUUCUGGUUGAAAGGGACUAGAGGGGUUUACCUGUUGCAAGGAUUAAGAAGGAGAAGGUUUUUGAUGACAAAGGUUGACUGUUGCCUGAUGCCUCUAAUAUUAGGUGAAUGCCUUGCUGUUUUUACCGUGCUGAUGUUCCCGCUGCUGUUGCUCUGGGAUGUUUUGGGGAAGCUGGAUGGAGGCUGA